UGUUAGUUUACCUACCAACACCAACACCAACUAAGUCAACAACUUCCUAAUCCCGACCUCUAUAGUUUCAUCAUGGCCGUUACUUUCGACAUUUCGCCGGAAAAGGAGGCUAGCGUAUCCCAAUUCCUGUAUCGCCAACUCUUUGUGACGCCUCGACCGACUUCAAGGCGGGAAGUCGACCUCAGCGGAAAGACAGCCAUUGUCACAGGUUCCAAUAUUGGCAUCGGCCAAGAAUGUGCUCGCCAGCUUCUAGAUUUAGGUCUGACAAAACUCAUACUAGGUGUACGCGAUGAAUCAAAAGGAGAGUUAGCCCGCCAGAAUCUCGUAUCAGGUAGGAACCUGAAACCGGAUGCAAUUGAAGUCUGGAAGCUCGACAUGUCCUCAUACGACUCCGUGACCAUUUUUUCCGAACGCGCGAGAAAUUCUAUCGAACAUCUAGACAUUGCUGUUCUAAAUGCUGGCGUUUAUCAUACAGCGGAGAACUUCAAUGAGAAUACGGGCUACGAAGAGAGCGUCCAGGUAAAUUGUCUUUCGACAGUACUCUUGGCGAUACUUCUACUCCCGAUCAUGAAGCCAAAACAGUCAUGCACCAAAUCUAGUCCAGGCCGUAUCGUCAUUGUUUCGAGCGACACGGCUGGAUGGGCCAAGUUUCCAGAGAGGAAAGAAAGUCACAUUCUACCAGUUCUCAAGAAGAAGGUUGAUAACUUCGAGGUUCCGGAACAAUACGGCAGAUCAAAGUUGUUAGCCCAGUUGGCAUUGGUUGAGCUAGCCAAGCGCGUACCGUCAUCUGCAGUUACCAUCGAUGCGGCAAACCCAGGCUUCUGCUAUGGUUCUGGACUUCAACGCCAUAUGGCCGGUACAUUUAUCGGCUUCGUCUUUGCAGUCUAUGUCCGGUUGAUCGGCCGCUCUGCAGCAGUUGGUGCCCGCACAAUUGUCGAUGCUGUGGUAAACCAUGGAGAGGAAGUACACGGUCAGUACAUCGAAGAUUGUACGCUCAAACCUUUAGCACCAAUUAUCUACACUUCGGAGGGCGAGCGUGUGUCAGCAUCCCUUUGGGAUGAACUGAUGGGAGAGUUUACAUUCUCAGGUGCAGCGGACAUUAUUCAAUCUCUCAAGAGUAGGCGGUAAGGACAUGCGGAUACGAUCGUAAUCUAGGAGAUC